GAAGCCCGCUCUUCGAGGGUCGGGCCGGGCUUUCCUUGGCCGCACAAGCGGGUCCUGCGCAGCCGGCGGAACACCCCGCCAUGGGGUGGUCACGGAGGCCUGAUGAGGGGCCGCGAGCCUCGGGCGAAGACCACAGGAGGCCGGCGUGGGCGGGGGUGCAUCCUGCACCUGGACGACAUGGGUGACAUAGGUGUCUUCCCCGGGGGUGCCCGCAGCCGCUGCCCUCCCUGCUCUGCCUCGGGAACCCAAGGUGUCCGGCGGCCGCCGAGUUGUGGACGGGACAGGGUCAGGCCUCCGCCGCCGCAGGCCCCGCCGACCGCAGAAGGGAGGCCCUCCUGGACCGCGCCCGGCUUGCUGCUGUUUCCCCAGCUGGGUGCCCGCCACCGGAUUGCAGCAGGGAGCUGAGCAAGCAAGCUUAGAUCCUGGCAGAAGACUGGAGCUUCAGGAGGCCCGAAGUGCCCUGGCUGGAGCGGCGCGGAGGGGCGCGGAGCACACAUAUCACCCAGUGCAGGGAAAGGCGCCCCCUCGUUUCUUUAGAAGCCAGGGGCCCUGCCCACGAGGCUGCUUGGUCACCGGGGAGUUGGACACGCAGAGGCCUGCUGUAGCUGAGCUCACCUACGAGGAGGGCUGGUGGGACCAGGAGGUGGUGCGACGGGCAGGCAGGUGGUACCUGCCUGGUGGGCCUCCCCGUGCGUGGCUCUUGCCUGCCCCCGCGGCGGUGAGCUGUGCUGCGCCCUUGGGCUGGGUGUUGCUGCAGUGUGUGCUCUAGGCCCUGCUGCAUCCCAGGCCUUCCCCAGACGGAGCUUCACGUUUCCCCAAGGCAGGUAACCAGAUGCCUGACUGGUGAGAGUUACUUAUUCUUACCUGCGGAGCUUAGCCACUUGCCAGCUCCCAAAGCUCCUCUCACUGACUUUGUUGGUGUUCUAAAGGCCUUUAUUUUAUGUUUUAGAGGAUUUUAAUAAUGAAACAAAAAAUCCUCAUGAGGACUAAAAGCGUGUGUUUAUCGAAAUGAUUUUAUGUCCCAAGACUACUCAGUUUCCUAAAAGGUGCCCAUGCUGGGGGUUGUGCUGGGCCACGUAGGAGGACUCGGAGUGUCUGUUACCACUUGUUGGCCACAAGGUAUAUAAUAAGUAGGGUCAGGGUUUGCCUGCACCUUGGAACUGGAGGCCGGGCUGCCCUCCCAAGAGGGGGCGUGAGCACUACUAGGUUUGCCAGUGGCAAGAACACCACCCCAUCUACUGGUUGUGCCGGUCUCCAGGGUGGAACAUCUGGGGCCACAUAGCACCAGACUCAGGAAUGGCACACAGUUGUCUUGACUCUCGUUUUCUAAAGAUCAUCUGGGAGACACUAGGGGACCUGAUGUCCUGAAGAGGUGCUACCGAACGUUGCCGUCCGGAGAUGGACAUUGGGUGAAUUGCCAUGGGAUAGCACGCUUCCUGACCAGCUCUCAAGGCAAGAGGCGAGGGAUGGUUGUGACACUUCAGGGGAGCACACCUGGUGACCCCAGGCCUUGAGCCAGCACCUCAGUGACCCUCGAGACUGUGCUGUGCGCAGUGUGUCAGCGCAGCCGCGAGAGCCCCAGAUUCUUGAAAAUGCUUUUCUCAGUCAUCAUGGGCCAGGGCUUUGCCAGCUUUGCCCACAUCUGGAAAGCUCACCUCCACAGCGGAUACCUAUCUGGUCCUGUCGGUCAGCAGGCCGGAGGAUCAGUGGCAUGACCACGGGCAUCUCUUGCAUGCCUGGGGCAGGCCCUCUGGCCCUGGCCCUUCCUGGCGGAGGCUUCCUUGUGCUCUGUGUGCCAGCCACACCUUCGUGUUUCCUCUAAUUGGUUUGGCGGGCCUGCCUUUCUGCCUGCUUGGCAUAAUGAGUGUGGUCGUCUUUAGAGAGGGACUGACAUUUGGGUGUUUCCACUGAGAGUGGCCGGGAGCCAGGUGUCCUGUCCUCACGCCCUCGCCGAGUGACUGGAGAGUCACAGGAUUUACGGCCGCUCCAGUCCUGGGCCUGGAUCACUGGACCCAAAUCUCCCCUGAGUUAUCUAUUAGCCACUAAACCAAAGGAUGCUCUUGUCUUCCUCGGGUGUCAGGGGUGGAGCAAGGAGGCGUCUGGGAGGGACGGGGAGGUCUGCCUGUGGAGCGUUGGGUCUGUACCUCCACGCAUGUGGAGAUGGUGCUGCGUGUAAGAUACGGGAGUUGGUUUUGUUUUGGCCAAACUUGCUAGGUAAUACUUUUAUUUUCUACGGUUAUUUGCAAGUCAGUAUUUCGAUUCUCAGUUUGAAGAUGGGGAAAUUAAACCUGAAAGAGGAAGUGGCUCAAGACCUCAAGUGUACUGAGAGGCAAAGUUGGUAAUAAAAUCUGCACUUUUCCGACGAUGUCCCUUGUCUUUCUCCAAGGAAAAAUGUCAACACAGGAAACGUAGACUUUACAGUGAGAAAUGGAAGCGGAGCACAGGCCAUGGAUUGAGCGAUGGUCUGAAAAUCAGAAUUAAUGGAGCUCUGUCUCCCCUGGAUGCUGUCCUGGGACUUCUCCUUAUUGCCACAAGCUGCCUGUUGAAAGUGCUCUGUCGGGGUCGAGCCCUGACCACGCGAACACCGUGAUGGCCGGGAGUCUGCGGCUUUCUCCUGCCCUUAAACAACUGGGUGAUGUUUCCUCACCAAAGUGCUGUAAUGCUGAAUAUGUUCAAAGUGCUCAGAACCACAGAUGAACCACCUGUUAAACAUCACUGUUGGUCAGCACAGGAAAUUUAUAAAGUGAUUCAGCAGAGGGAAUUUCUUUUUUUUAAUCAAGAAGGCAAUCUCAUUAUUUUCCCACCUGCAACCAUUAGUCUGUUCUCUCUGAGUUUGGUUUCUCUGUGUUGUUUUGAGAGAGUGCGUGUGCGAGCUGGGGUGGGGGAGGCAGGGGGAGAGAAUCAGGCAGGCCCCAUGCUCUGCAUGGAGCCCGACACGACGCGAGGCUCAAUCCCACGACCCUGACAUUGUGACCUGAGCCAAAAUCAAGAUUCGACGCCCAGCCAGCUGAGCCGCUCGGGCUCCUCUAGGAGUUUGGUCUUGUGUUUAGGUUCCACCUGUAAGAGAGAUGACCAGGUGUUUGUCAUUCCAUGUGUGACUUGUCUCAGCACGAUGCCCUCAGCUUCCACCUGUGUUGCAGACGUCAAGGUUUCUCUCCUAUUUGUGGCGAAGUAAUAUUCCAUUGUAUAAAUACGCACGUGACGGCCCGUUGGGGUGCUUCCCUGCUGGGUUCCUGCUCGUGACGCUGCAGUAACGGACAACGUGGUGGUUUGCUUCCUUCCAGUACCCUGCAGUGGAAUCACUGGAUCCUGCGGCGAUCCUGUUACCCUCUUGAGGACCCUCUGCACGUUUCCACGGUGGCUGCGCCAGCCUGCGUUCCCGCCCGCAGCGUGGGGGGCUCCCCUUUCUCCGCGUCCUCCCCACCACGUGUUGCUUCCUGAUGGUGCGAGGUGGUGUCCCACCGUAGCUUUGAUGUGUAUUUCCCCGAUGCCAGUGCCGAGUGAGGUGGAGCAUCUUUUCCUGUGUCCGUUUGCCACCUGGGUGUCCUCUUUGGAAAAGCGUCUGUUCAGGCGAGCCCACACCCUGACUGUGCUCUUCAUCCUCACCUGUGUGCUUGGCUACGUGACUCUGCUGGAGGAGACGCCCCGGGACACAGCUUAUAACACCAAGAGAGGUAUUGUGGCCAGUAUUUUGGUUUUCUUAUGUUUUGGAGUCACACAAGCUAAAGACGGGCCGUUUUCCAGACCACAUCCAGCAUACUGGCGGUUCUGGCUGUGCGUCAGCGUCGUCUACGAGCUGUUCCUCAUCUUCAUCCUCUUCCAGACCGUGCAGGAUGGCCGCCAGUUCCUGAAGUACGUGGACCCCAAGCUAGGCGUGCCGCUGCCCGAGAGGGACUACGGGGGAAACUGCCUCAUCUACGACGCACACAACGAGAGCGACCCCUUCCACAAUGUCUGGGACAAGCUGGACGGCUUUGUGCCCGCGCACUUCCUCGGCUGGUACCUGAAGACCCUGAUGAUCCGGGACUGGUGGAUGUGCACGAUCGUGAGCGUGAUGUUUGAGUUCCUGGAGUACAGCCUAGAGCACCAGCUGCCCAACUUCAGCGAGUGCUGGUGGGAUCACUGGAUCAUGGAUGUGCUCGUCUGCAACGGGCUGGGCAUCUACUGCGGCAUGAAAACCCUCGAGUGGCUGUCGAUGAAGACAUACAAGUGGCAGGGCCUGUGGAACAUCCCUACCUACAAAGGCAAGAUGAAGAGGAUCGCCUUCCAGUUCACGCCCUACAGCUGGGUCCGCUUCGAGUGGAAGCCUGCCUCCAGCCUGCGCCGCUGGCUGGCCGUGUGCGGCAUCAUCCUGGUGUUUCUGUUGGCAGAGCUGAACACGUUCUACCUGAAGUUCGUGUUGUGGCUGCCCCCGGAGCACUACCUGGUCCUGCUGCGGCUGGUCUUCUUCGUCAACGUGGGUGGUGUGGCCAUGCGGGAGAUCUACGACUUCAUGGAUGACCCGAAGCUCCACAAGAAGCUGGGCCAGCAGGCCUGGCUGGUGGCAGCCAUCACGGCCACGGAGCUGCUCAUCGUGGUGAAGUAUGACCCACACACGCUCACGCUGUCCCUGCCCUUCUACAUCUCCCAGUGCUGGACGCUUGGCUCCGUGCUCGUGCUCACCUGGACCAUCUGGCGCUUCUUCCUGCGGGACAUCACCCUGAGGUACAAGGAGACCCGGCGGCAGAAGCAACAGAGCAGGGGCGACCCGGGCAGAGCUGUCAGCACCGCAGACGGGCACCUGCCUGAGCCAGGAGACCCCCCAGGGCCCGCGGAGGCCGAGGCGGAGGGGGCGCCGGCCCCAAGCUGACGCACUUCAGGACCGGCUCCCGAGGGGCCCUGCCCCGUCCCCUGCGCACAGCGGGGCCCUGCGGCUCGGGCUUGUGCGCGUGUGUGGUGUGUGCACGGGCGUGGACCGUGUGUGGCUGCGGGCCCCCCCCCCCCCCCCCCCCCCGGGCUGACCCUGGGCAGCCACUCCCCUCUGCCCCUGCGGCCCAGCCCAGGCAUCAGCGCCUGUCCCUGCUCCCCGGGCCUGCGGCCACUGGGAGGCCCUAACUGCCCCGCAGCCCGCUGCCCCCGCUCAUCCAGGAACACCCGAGCGGCUUUGGACGGGGAGGUCUGAGCACGCGGGCCCCGACGCCCCUCGAGGAGCAGAGGCGCAGAGCGGUGGGCGGGCAGCAGGGCCGGGCUCUCCGGCGGCGGGGUGGAGGGUCGUCUUCACGAGCAAACCGAACAAGUGAAGCAGCGGGGCGCGGUCCGCACUGGCUCCUGGGGGAGGGGCGGCCGUGUGCAGGGGGUGGGGCCGGGAGCUGUGCCCGCUGGGGGCGGCGGCGGUCCUGGGCGCGUGCGCAUGCACACACCUGUGAACACGUGUGAUGCCACGCCCAGUGUGCCCCCCACAGAAAGGACAGGCACCCCUUCUGCCAAAAAAAGUGCUUUAAUAAAGUGUCUAAAACUUU